AUGAAUACCCCGACACGAUACAUCCUUCUCGCAUUAUUCUUAAUCAUCUCGCUGCACUACCUCCUCGCCUUUACACACGAGGCAUACGGACGUGCUACGGCGCUCGACCAUCUCAAGGACAAGAUCGUCGGGCCAGCGCCGAAACCCCAUGUCGACCUCGAUACGCUGUACGGACCUGACGUCCUGACUGGCGACGCACCCCUGAAGCAGGACAAGAAGGCCAACGCGACGUUUGUCAUUCUGUGCCGGAACAGCGAUAUGGGCAACAUCGUGCGCAGCGUGCGGGAGAUUGAGGAUCGGUUCAACCGGUACCACCGAUAUCCUUAUGUUUUCCUCAACGAAGAACCCUUCUCUGAAGAAUUCAAGAUGCGACUGAGCGUGCUGAGCGCUGCCAAGAUGGAGUUUGGCCAGAUCCCGCGCGACCACUGGUACCAACCCGACUGGAUCGACGAAGAGAAAGCCAAAGCCAGCCGCGAGAAGAUGGUCAAGGAGAAGGUUAUCUACGGUGGUAGCGUCUCGUACCGCAACAUGUGCCGAUUCAACUCUGGGUUCUUCUUCCGCCACCCGUUGAUGCUUAAAUACCGGUGGUACUGGCGUAUCGAGCCUGAUGUCCACUUCCACUGCAAUAUCAACCACGAUCCCUUCCUCUACAUGCAGGAGCACAACAAGACCUAUGGAUUCACAAUCACGUUGUACGAGUACGAGAGGACUAUUCCGACGCUUUGGGGACACGUCCAAGACUUUAUGAAGGAAAACCCUCAAUACGUCGCCGAGGACAACGCACUCGGGUUCAUGUCAGAACGCAACGGCGAGAAAUACAACCUCUGCCAUUUCUGGUCCAACUUUGAAAUUGCCGACAUGGAAUUCUGGCGCAGCCCCGCCUAUAUGGACUUUUUCAACUACCUCGACUCCAAAGGUGGGUUCUACUACGAACGCUGGGGUGACGCGCCCGUGCACAGCAUCGCCGCCGCCAUCUUCCUCAACAAGAACCAGAUCCACUUUUUCGAUGAGAUUGGGUACGAGCAUGCGCCGUAUACGCAUUGUCCCAAGCUCGGAAAGAAUUGGGAGAAUGGGAGGUGCUCGUGUGAUCAGAAGAAGAGCUUUGAUUAUGAUGGAUAUUCGUGCAUGAGGAAGUGGGAUGCUUUCAUGGGCUUGCCUAGCCAUUAG